CAACAUAUAAAGACGCGAAUUUCUGGGUUUUCCUUCAAGUGAACUAAACGUCCAUAGAUUUUGCGGUUGCGGAAUCCUUCCACCACCUGCACCCGCCCACCGGAAUGCGUGAAUACCAGUCGCACCGAUAUUCGUCCUCGAAAAGACGAAGAUAUCCCGAGCCCCGAGGAGAGAAGUCCUUGGCAGUAGUAACCAGCUAAGUAAACUGUGAUUCUUCCUCUUGUUUUCCUUGCAAAUAAGGUAUUUUAUUGCGGUAUCCGAUAUUCUGUCUUGCAAUAGCUUUUUUUGGUACACAGAAAGUGAAUCCAGUGCAAAAACAUGUCUUCAGCAGUCUACAGAGCAACCAUAAAUUUUGCUGAUCGAUACGUUCCGCAGAAACUCCGACCUUUGUGGGAACAUCCAGCUGGACCCAAAACAGUUUUCUUCUGGUCACCACUCUUCAAAUGGGGCUUGGUAUUAGCUGGUAUCGGAGACAUGAACCGCCCAGUAGAGAAAGUGAGCAUUAGACAAUCAGGUGCUUUAGCAGCCACAGGAUUCAUCUGGUCUCGUUAUUCCUUGGUCAUCAUCCCCAAAAACUGGUCUCUUUUCAGUGUGAACUUGUUUGUUGGUCUAACCAAUGCAUACCAGGUUGUUCGAGUCUUGCUCCACAAAAACAAAGAGAAGGCAAUAGCUCAAUAGCUUUCUGAGAAUUUGCCAAGACUGUUGCAGUUGUAGUUUCAAUUAUCACCAUUUUAUUGUUGAAAACAAUUGGUUAUGUAAAUUCUUGUUUACCUUCCCCGUGAGACAUCUGUUAUUCAGUUGUCCUCCAGUUGAGUACAAAAUACAAAUGUUAACCACGUC